AUGGCGAACAAGAGUGAAAGUGUUCGCGUUUGUGUUCGAAUUCGCCCACUUAGCACCAAAGAAGUUCAAGAUGGUCGUACGUACAUUGUUAACGCUAAUCCAACACAAGGUGAGAUUUCUCUAGCAAAUCCGGAAGCAGACGCCAGGGAACCCCCGAAGAAGUUUACGUUUGACGCAGCCAUUCCACCCGAAUGCUCGCAGCGAGAUGUGUAUGUUCAAGCAGCCACCAAUAUCGUCGAUUCCGUUGUAAAUGGCUUUAACGGCACGAUCUUUGCAUACGGUCAAACGGGAGCUGGAAAGUCCCAUACGAUGGAAGGAUUUUCGGAUCCUCCUGAGGCUAAAGGAAUUAUUCCAAACUCGUUUUCACACAUAUUUGAUCGCAUUGCUACAGAAUCCAACAACAAGCAAUUUAUGGUUUAUGCGUCGUAUCUCGAGAUCUACAACGAAGAAAUUCGUGAUCUGCUGGCUCCAGAUCCAAAAAAUCGUUUAGAACUGAAAGAAAACGUUGACUCAGGCGUCUUUGUAAAAGAUCUGACAUCUCGUCAGGUUGCAGACGUUGCGGAGAUUGAUGCUGUGAUGCAACAAGGCAAAAAAAAUCGCAGCGUUGGUGCUACACUCAUGAACCAGACGUCCUCACGUUCGCAUUCGAUGUUCACCAUUACAGUUGAGGCGUGUUCCACUGUACAGCUUGACACGAAUGGCAAACCACACGUCUGUGUUGGCAAACUGAAUCUCGUAGAUCUUGCAGGUAGCGAACGACAAGCCAAAACUGGGGCGACGGGGGAUCGUAUGAAAGAAGCAACUAAGAUAAACUUGAGUCUUUCAGCUUUGGGCAACGUCAUUUCUGCCCUUGUCGACGGAAAGUCGCAGCAUAUUCCGUACCGCGACUCCAAGCUUACGCGAUUAUUACAAGACUCGCUUGGUGGGAAUGCCAAAACCGUUAUGAUUGCCAACUGUGGACCAGCAGACUACAACUACAACGAAACGUUGUCGACGCUGCGCUAUGCGAACCGGGCAAAGAAUAUCAAGAAUAAACCCAAGAUUAAUGAAGACCCGAAAGAUGCUAAGAUUCGCGAAUAUCAAGAGAAAAUUAAAGAACUGCGCGAAGCGCUGGCUGCACAAGAAAAGAAUGGGCCGAUUGAAAUUGGUGCGGAGUGGUCAAAAGAUGGACCCUCUUCUGCACCACAAAUUGUAGAACGGAUUGUUGAAAAGACCAUAGUGAAGCGUGAAGGUGUGAGUGAAGAGGUGUUACGAAAGCUGGAAGAGGAUGCACUGCGUGAAAAACGGGAGCUGAAGCAUAAAGCUCAGGAGGAAAUGAAAAUCUUACUUGCAGCACAGUCCCGAACAGAAGAGGAGCGUGAGCAGCUAGAGCGCGAAUUAGAGGCUCAAGCACAGCAGAAAAAAGCCAUGGCUAAGCAAAAGGAUGAUAUGGUUAAUCAACUCGAAGCGCUGGAGCACAAGCUUAUUUCUGGUGGACGCGUACUGGAUAAAGCGGCGAAGCAGGAGCGUAAGCUUCGUGAGGCUCAGUCUCGUAUCGAAUUGCAGAAACAGCAGGAGUUGCAGCUUGCCCGGGAAUUGGCGGAAAAAGAAGAUUCAAAUAUGCUGCUGGAAGAGCAAUACACAAAUCUUCAAGAAGUUGUUGACGACAAGACGCGCAAACUGAAGAAGUUAUGGGCUAAGCACAAGGCUGCUACGACGGAGAUUGAAGAUCUCAAAGUCGAGUUUCAAGCCGAGAAGGAAGACAUGCUUGACACAGUUCGCGAAUUGACUCGCCAACUCAAGCUUAAGCAUUUGUUACUGAGUCAUUUUGUACCUUUGGAUGAUGCGCAAAGCUUUGAAAAACGAGCUCGUUAUGAUGCCGAUCUUGAUGCGUGGCAAGUGAGUCGUCUUGAGAUAUCGGCGUCGUCUUUGCGUCCAAAGCGUCCUAUAUCUCGUCGUGGCGCGCGUCGAAUUGAAAGUGAGUACGCAAGACGCAAUCGACUCAUUGAUCCACAGAAUUCUCGUUGGCGUAGCGAGAAUGUAGUGCAGCUUAACCUGGAGAUGCCGGAGCGGCGUACUCGGGACUUUGAGGCAGCGAACGGAAACGGAUAUUCAGUGAGUAUGGACUUCUGGCUUGAUCGCGUAGGAGUUCCGACAGAGAAAGAUGCUGAGAUUACUUUUGGGAACGAUGUCGAAGUGUCUCACGGUGUAGUUAACAGUAGUAAGGAGAAAACUUCAGUGAUGUCUAAAGGGGAGAUCGAAGAAGUAAGCCGGAGAGUAUUGAGUUCUCGUUGUGCGGAGGACAAGAGCAAAAAGAGUGUAGCCAAGAGACCGCCGACAGCAAGCCGGCGCCGUCAAGAUCUAGUCGAUGAGUAA